AUGCUUACUCAACGCUCACGCUCGCGCGCACAAUCAUAUGACCGCGCGUGAUAUAAUCGAAAAUAACCACUAAAAGAUGAGACACGUUAAGCCGUCGGCGUUAUCGAAACCUCCAGCUCUCAGAUUGAGCCAGCGGUUCUGCCAUACCAUGGAGCUCGUCGGUGCCCGAGAUUUCCACCUGCUCCACAACCCAACCCAAGUAGUCCAGAACUUAAAACGUUAUCCUUUAUUAACACUAAUCAGUCCCAGUUCCAGUCUCCCCCGAAUACGGACGUCCUCCGAGAAAGCUGGUGCGGCUACGGCGCUCGAGCAGGUCGGUGGUAAGAUGGUGGUGGAGCUGGUGGGGGCAUUCAACGAACUUACGGAGAGGAUGAAUGUGUUGUCGACGAGCUCUUCCAGGAUACUCUUCAAGUCACUCAAGCUGUCGAUUCCGAUUCUGCAGAGACUGCCUCUUGCUCCCGAUGGCCGUUCUCCCCUAUCCAAGGCCCUUUCCGUUGCUCUUGUCCUCGCCGAUCUUCACAUGGAUGCAGAAGUUAUUUCCGCCGGUAUAUUGAGAGAAGUUAUGACGGCAGGUGCUUUAUCCAUAUCUGAUGUUAGAGACAGGGUAGGUACCGGAACUGCUCAUCUGUUACACGAAAGCUUGCGGGUUUGGAAUAUUUCUUCAAAAGUUGAAGUGUUGGAUGAUGAGACUGCUGCUGCCUUGAGAAAGUUCUGCCUUACAUACUAUGACAUCAGGGCUGUCAUUCUUGACCUGGCUCUCAAGCUUGAUAUGAUGAGACAUUUGGAUUAUUUACCGAGAUAUAAACAGCAAAUGUUGUCUCUUGAGGUUUUGAAGAUACAUGCUCCUUUAGCUCAUGCGGUGGGAACCCAUUACUUGUCGCUGGAGAUGGAGGAUCUCUCAUUUCGCUAUUUGUUCCCAUACUCAUACCUUUACGUGGAUGCAUGGUUACGGAGCCAUGAGACAGGUGGUAAACCUUUGAUUGAUAUAUACAGGGACCAGUUGCUUCAUUCUUUGAAGAAUGAUCCCAUCUUUGUGGAAAUGGUGGAUGAUGUCUCAGUCAAAGGUCGCUACAAAAGCAGGUAUAGCAUCAUGAAGAAGCUCUUGAAAGAUGGUAGGAAGACGGAAGAGGUAAAUGAUGUUCUUGGUUUACGGGUCAUAUUGAAGCCUAGGACUGGAGUGGAUAUGGCUGAACUAGGUGAGCAAUCCUGCUACAGAGUACGUGAAAUUGUUCAAUCUUUAUGGAAAGAAAUGCCUCACAGGACAAAAGAUUAUAUUGCCAUGCCCAAAGCAAAUGGUUAUAGAAGUUUACAUAUGGCAGUUGAUGUCAGUGAGAAUGGCAAGAGUAGACCACUGAUGGAAAUACAGAUACGGACUAUAGAUAUGGACUUGUUGGCAGCCGGUGGAACGGCAUCCCAUUCAUUGUACAAGGGUGGCCUUACUGAUCCUGAAGAGGCAAAGAGGCUGAAGGCCAUAAUGUUGGCUGCAGCUGAACUUGCAGCAUUGCGUCUAAGAGAUUUUCCAUCCACAAACGCCACAUGUGUUGGGAUUGACCAGAGAGAUCGAGUAUUCCGCCUUCUUGACAAGAAUGGUGAUGGUAGGAUCAGCAUUGAGGAACUUAUGGAAGUCAUGGAGGAACUAGGUGCCCCUGGGGAAGAUGCUCAGGAGAUGAUGCAACUCAUUGAUUCAAACAGUGAUGGUUCUUUGAGCACCGAUGAGUUUGAUUUGUUUCAAAAGCAGGUCGAGUUUAUGCGCGGUUUGGAGGCCAGAGAUGAUCAGUACAGGACCAUGUUGGAUGAGAAGCUUCACAUAGCAGACAACAGUGGCUUGAUUCAGGUAUAUAGCAGAGAGCUUGGCAACAGGCUUGCAAGUUAGCCCAUGCUCUCACUUAAUUGACCAGGUUAGGAAAAUAGGAACUUGAAUGUUUCAGAAGUUUUCCUGUGGAUAUCAGUUCUUUGUAUAGCUGAUUCAGAUAUACAGUAUCAUUGUUGGAAGAUAAGAUUAUAGUAAAUCUUCUUAAUGUAGUUUAUGUGUCUUGCUGAUGUUAAGCAAAAGAUAUGGCAUUCAUAGGAAGGCCAUGGGCAAUAUAGAUGAUGGUGAAGGUGGGUUGCACA